CGAGGAUCAUAUCAUUUUAGUUCCCGAUGCGUCGUCCGUUAGGCGCGUACAACUGCCAACGACAAUAAUGUGCAAAAAAUACGGAGUACCCUGCAUCAAGGAUAACACCUAUGACGACUUGCCGGUAUUACCGAGCAGGUCGGUCAGUUACUCACUCGAGUAUUCGUGGCGGGCAACUUACAUUAGUAGCGUGAUGAUUAUUCUCGUGAGGAAGUGAGGAUCUAUGAACAUAAUAGAUAGUACGUUGUUCAACAGAGAUGGAAAAUAAUCAGGAUCCGGCACAAGUGCACUGUUACACAAAUCCUUCCUUCUGUAGACAAUCGGAAUAUAUACCAGAGGAUGGACAAAGCGACGACCUACCGCCACCUCCGCAAUUUCAGCUUGACGAUAUUCCAGCACCGUUAACAAUCCAUCAAUCUCACUCGGAAUAUGGUCAAAACAAUCCAGCUUUCCAUGGUAGUCCAGAAGCGGAGCAUAUCAACCACCGUCAAUUUCACCACCGUAGCAUUGUCGAUCUCAACCAUACAAGCAUCGAUCGCUACUGCUAUAUAGAUGACAGCAUCGAUCAAGAAACUCCACAAGCAGUGUCUCAUAAGCGAUACGGCAGUUUGCCUCUCGGUGGUCAAAAUCUUCGAUCAUACCCACACAAAAUCAAUCGUUAUGAAUAUAUUCAAGAUGAUGCUACUACCUUAGUACAACCGCAGCAGCAACAUCAAGAACAUCAGCAGCAGCAGCAGCAGCAGCAACAGCAACAGCAAUUACAACAGCAAAGAGCUACGAUCGGGGACAAUGUUUCAGUGUACGAAUUUAUUGAAAAACAGCAAAUACAACAGAAAACUCCGCUGCCACAACAACAACAGCGACCGCAGCAACAAGUGGCAGUACCAAAUGGACAAAAUUCUUUACGAGCGUCAGUUAGGUCAUACAGGGGAACGGACAGUCAAUAUAAUAUCUUGGACCCCGAAGGAAAUCAAAUACAAGAAAGACAAUGGGACGCAGAUGGUACUGGAUCGAGAUGGAACAUAUCUAAGAAACAAAUUAGUACGCCUAGAGGACGUUAUACGAGUUUACCGAUGCAAGAUGAGGAUCCACCAAGACUACCAGAGCGCAACGUACAAGAACUCAACCUCUCGCAGCGAAGUAAUAACGUCGCCACUCAAAAACUUCACGAGAUUCUAACUACGCCACGAAAAUCGAAAACGCGCCCCCAGUCCGAUGCACUUACCCCGAUGAGGAGUCCUCAGCGACAACAACAGCCAGUUUUACAUAACGUUACGCCCACGCAACUUAACACCUUCCCACCGGGAUAUUCGCCAUCUUCCUCAGUGACUGGUCAACAACAGCAGCAACAGCAACAACAACAACAACAACAACAAAGUACACCCCAUAAUCGUACCACAUCUCCACGGAGCAAAGGUUUAACAACAUCGACUCCAAACAAGGAGACACCGUCGGCAAGGCGCUGCUUGCCCUUGAAUGGUGAGCCGGUGCCUAUUGGUUCCAUACUACGUCAUCACAUCCAAGAUAGCCAGGUUGCAUAUGGUAGUACCUAUGGUGAGCGUCAGAGAAAUGUCCCGACCACGGCAGCGUUCUACCAAGGUGUCGAGGGCGCCUUCAUCGCACGCACAGCGGUAGUACCACCAUUAUCGCCGCCAAUAAGUGAAGCAAAUACUACAUUAGUCAGUGGCACAGAUAAAUCUGAUAGAAAGAAUGCGCCUCUCAUUCUUUUUUUGGUUGGUAUACUAACUUGUGGUCUAGCCUCAUAUUUGUCAUGGACACAAGGACGCAGAUAUUACUUUGACAGUGCGAUUGGGUGCGGGGCAUGUUGUGCCCUGGCGGGAGCAUGUCGUAGUAUGCGUCGCACUUGGACCGGACUCGGUUUGGCCGGUCUCGCCGCACUUAGUUGCGCUGGCCUUUUGUUGUUAGCUGCCAAGUCCCCACGACCUGGAACUCCGUUGCAUGAUAUUACGGCCGGUGCUCUAUGUGGCGUUUCAUUACUCGGUGCAGUACUUGCCCUGCUCGCCUUGGUUUCGCCGAGGUGCGCUUUUGGCAGACACAGGCGCGUACACUCCUGGAUACCUAGGUUUUCGCCUUGAGCAUGAGCACGGUUGAGGAAGAA